AUGGCAACAUUGAACAUUGCAUCGAAGGCGAACCAAGCCACCACCUUCCCGGCUCUACUGGUUGCACAGUACGCGAAAGAAGCAGAUCCUAACUCCUCGAUCAAUGUCAACUUCGAGGAAGUAGAUACCCUCAAGGCAGGAGACAAUGCUACUGUCGAGAUUAUCGUAGGAAGUGAGACAUCUACGUAUGGUUCCGAGAAAGUCAUCGAUGGCCUUAUGGAGGCAUAUCCCUUUCUGCAAGGCAAACAUGACACAUUGGUCAAAGAAUGGCUAGGAAGAACAGCGUCAUUCGUCCCCACAGACUUUAAAUCUAUUGAUGGUCCACUGCUUGAGCUAGAUGCACAUCUGACGCUUCGCUCUCACGUUGUGGGAUACACUCUCACAGUCGCAGAUCUCUCUGUUUGGGCAGCUAUCCGAGGCAACAAAGUUGCUCAUGCAGCCGUAAAAAAAGGCGCCUUGUUGAACGUAACUAGAUGGUUCAAGUUCAUUGAGGAGACCAACGCUUGGAUUGUAACGGCCGUCCAUUCAGCGAAUGCACAGGCUCAGGCGAAGAAGGCGACAAAGAGCAGUGAAGGAGCGAGCUAUGACAUUGCCUUGCCGGACACAGAGAAGGGCGUUGUCACUCGGUUUCCCCCCGAGCCAUCUGGUUAUCUCCAUAUCGGGCACGCAAAAGCUGCACUGCUCAAUGAUUACUUCGCACAUGAGAUGUAUAAGGGAACACUGAUUUGCCGUUUUGACGAUACGAACCCGUCCAAAGAAAAAGAGGAGUUUCAAGAUGCGAUUGUCGAAGACCUGGCCCUGAUGGGAAUACGUCCAGACAAGACAACUUACACAAGUGACUACUUUGACGAGCUUUACCAAUACUGCGUCACUUUGCUCAAAGAGGGCAAGGCAUACGCGGAUGACACUGAGCAGGAGACAAUGAAGCAUCAGAGAUGGCAUGGACUGCCUAGUGAGCGGCGAGAAGCUUCCGUUGAAGAUAACCUUGCCCACUUCGAGGAGAUGAAAAAGGGCACAGAAGAGGGCGUCAGAUGGUGCAUUAGAGCCAAGAUCAGCGUGGACAACCCCAACAAGGCUAUGCGCGAUCCCGUUAUUUACCGUUGCAACCCUCUGCCUCAUCAUCGGACUGGCAACAAGUGGAAAAUCUACCCUAUCUACGAUUUCUGCUGUCCGAUCGUCGACUCGAUGGAGGGAGUCACACAUGCCCUCAGAACGAUCGAGUACCGUGAUCGGAACCCUCAGUACGACUGGAUGCUCGAUGCGUUGAAGUUAAGAAAGGUUUACAUUUGGGACUUCGCACGCAUGAAUUUUAUCCGAACUUUUCUCUCUAAAAGAAAGCUGACCAAGCUUGUGGAUGAGGGAAGGGUCUGGGGUUGGGAUGAUCCACGCUUCCCGACCAUUCGGGGCAUCCGUAGGAGAGGUAUGACUAUAGAGGCGCUGCGCGAGUUCAUCCUCAAACAGGGGCCAUCCCGAAAUAUUGUGAACCUGGAUUGGACGCUUUUCUGGGCGACGAACAAGAAGUAUAUCGACCCAGUAGCGCCGCGCCACACAGCCAUCGAUAAGGACCAUGCUGUCACAGCAAAUGUGAGAGGUGCGAGGGUGGCACCAUACACAGAAGACAAGCCUAAGCACGGGAAAAAUCCUGCGCUUGGGACGAAGAAGGUCGCGUUCAGCACUACCAUCAUCAUCGAGCAGUCAGAUGCCAAGUCUUUGAAAGAAGAUGAAGAGAUUACCCUCAUGAGCUGGGGCAAUGCGAUUGUCCGCAAGAUCUCUCAUUCCCUAAAUCCGCUCACCCUCUCCACCGUCACUGGUCUAGAGCUCGAGCUUCACCUCCAAGGCGACUUCAAAGCAACAAAGCAAAAGAUUACGUGGCUCUCUACCCAAGGCCAAGAGCUUAUCCCCGUCGAGCUAGUCGAUUUUGACUACCUGAUUAACAAGGAUAUCAUCGAGAAAGACGAUGAAAUUGAUGAGUGUCUCAAUGACCACACCGAAUUUAGGACUGAAGCAUUGGCUGAUGGGAACGUGGCUGACCUGAGCGAGAACGAUAUUAUCCAGUUCGAGAGGAAAGGAUACUUUAGGGUGGAUCGACCUUUCAUGCAUGGCGAGCCAGCUGUGUUGUUCAAUAUACCUACAGGCAAAGCUACUAAAUAA